AUGAAUGGAAGUACUAGCAAUCCGCUCAUUUCGGAGCGUGCAAUUGAUGAACCGAGACCAUUGAAGGUGAUAUACGUUGGAGCUGGCGUCUCUGGUAUUCUGGCAAGCAUCCAAUUUCCGAAGUUCGUACCAGGGCUCGAACUUGUGUUGUACGAAAAAAAUCCAGAAAUAGGGGGAACUUGGUUCGAGAAUAGAUACCCUGGCUGUGCCUGCGAUAUCCCUGCUCACGCAUAUCAGCUGAGCUUCGAAUCAUCCACUGACUGGAGUUCGUUCUACGCGACUGCACCAGAAAUACUGCGAUAUUGGCAGAGGGUUGCGGACAAGUACAAUGUGAGACAGUUCAUGAAGUUCCACCAUCGCUGCAUUGAAGCGUUCUGGAACGAGGCUACGUCGAAGUGGCAUGUGAAGCUUAUGAACCUCGAAACUGGACAUAUUUUUGAGGACAUCGGCGAUGUGCUGAUGACAGGUGUUGGGGCACUCAACCGUUGGGAGUGGCCAAAUAUCGAGGGAUUGCACGAAUUCAAGGGCGUUUUAAUGCACAGUGCCAAUUGGGACACGAGCUUUGAUCCUGUUGGGAAGAAGGUGGCCGUUAUUGGAGCGGGAAGUAGUGGUAUCCAGAUUGUCCCAACUCUGUUACCCGACGUGAAAGGCAUGGAUCACUACAUUCGUGGUCGUACCUGGAUCGCAUCAUCGUACGGCAGCUAUUUUGUCAAAGAGCGAAACAACGGGAAUGAUGGCAACUUCGAAUACACAGCUGAAGAGAAGGCAGCAUGGAGAGAAGAUCCUGACUCAUACCGAAAAUAUAGGAAGACACUCGAAGCAGCCUUGCAAGGAGUCUACCCAGCAGUCCUGAAAGACUACCCAACUCAGACCACAAUGAGGAGUCAAUUUGCUCAGGAGAUGCGCGAGCGACUAAAGAACAAACCUGAGCUCUUUGAACGUAUUGUUCCUGACUUUGCUCCCUUUUGCAAGAGGCUUACCCCUGGUCCUGGCUAUUUGGAAGCCCUAGUUUCACCCAAGGUCAAUGUCAUUCACGCUAGGAUUGCCUCGGUGGAUGAAACAGGCAUAACAACUGCAGACGGUCAGCACCGGCCGGUCGACGCGAUUGUCUGCGCUACCGGUUUCCGCUCUUUCGAGGGCAGUUUCCCCAUCUAUGGACGUGGUGGACUCAGCAUGCUGGAACACAACAAGUUUAGACCCGAGACCUACCUGUCGGUUUGCUUGGACCGCUUCCCCAAUUACUUUCAGACUCUGGGCCCUAACUCUGGUCUUGGAGCUGGUAACCUUCUAAUGGUACUCGAAUCUGUGACCCUAUACGUCGCGCAGAUCCUACGCAAACUCGCCACCGGAAAUGUGAAGACCGUUGAACCGAAGCGAAAGCAAGUGGAGAAUUUUACCAACUACUGUGAGGCAUAUCACAGGCGGACGGUAUACACUGACAACUGUUCGAGUUGGUACAAAUCAGGGGCCACUGUCGAGGACAAAAGGAGCGGCCGCGUGAUAGGUGUGUGGCCCGGAAGUGGAGUCCAUCUAAUCAAGGCGUACCAGAAUGUGAGAUGGGAGGAUUUUGAGAUGCAGCCUUACGACGGCAACGAAUUUGGCUGGUUUGGCAAUGGUUAUUGUGUUGGUGAUCUCAAUGGAGACUCGGAGGCGCUGACCUGGUAUUUGAACGAGACAAACUUCGUUCAUGAGGACUUGCCAGGAAACCUGAGAUAG